AACAAGAGCAAAGGUUGAACAGAGGAGCAAUGGCGCAGGUUUUAAUCCUACGCUCGCCCGUCCCCGGCCUUAACGGAACCCUUUCACGGCGGAGUUCAACUCACUCGACGGAGAGCUGGGUCUCUAUUCAACGUUCCGUCAAGUGCAACGGCAAGUUUUCCUGCCUCUUCUCCGAUAAUCGGAAACAGGAACAGGCUCGAAAAGCAUUAGAAAGUGCCCUUGGUGAAAAGAAAACGGAGUUCGAGAAAUGGGACAAAGAAAUCAAAAGGAGAGAGGAAGCAGGAGGGGGAGGAAAUUCAGGGGGAGGUGGUUGGUUCAGAUGGGGUGGAUGGUUUGGUGGAUCUGAUGGUGAUCGGUUCUGGCAGGAAGCACAGCAAGCAAGUCUUGCAAUUUUAGGAAUUCUUGUUGUGUAUCUUAUAGUCACUAAAGGAGAUGUGAUGCUCGCUGUCAUUAUCAAUCCUUUGUUGUUUGCUUUGCGAGGAACACGAACUGCAUUCUCCUUUCUUACAACAAAAAUUCUGAAUAGGAUAUAUCCUACUGCUGGAAAUAUUGAUACACCACAAGUGGAAGUUACUGCACCUGUUUCUGUGAAAGACCAAGUGGUGGGAAAAUGGGGAAGCAAUUGAUUCUGUUUCUACGCAACCAGAUAGGAAUUCCACUCGUGCUCCUUGUUGAAGUAAACAUAUUGCUGUUACCUUUAGCUUGGAGAGAGCCCUAGUUUAAAAUGAGGUCAUACGGGGCCUAAUGUUGGGUCUUCCAGGUCAUACUGAUGCCUGGGGUCCUCUCUAUCUUUUGAGGUUGGCUGAAAUUUUUUUGCUUCAUAUUAACAUGUAUGUGUAUGACAAUUACUAGUAUACCAGCAGAUCGACAGUUGUUAAAGUGAACCGUCAUUUGUACCUGCCAAGGUUGAAGUUUGUGAAAGAUUAAAAGGAACUGGCAUAUGAUUGUGUAGUCAUUUAUGAUUAUUACAAGUUCUAUUUUGAUCGGUA